GAAAAAAAAAAAAAACUCAGCCACUGCUGAUUUUGAGCGGGCGUGCUCCUUGUCAGCGUCGGCUCGGCUGUCGCAUCACAGACUGUUCAAGCGACGGAGCAGGGGGCGUCUCUAUUCAUCGGAAGGGAUUAUGUUCCAGCCAGACAAGAUAGACAGCAGCAUUGUCGGUGCGUUCUAUGCCGGCAUUGACACACACAGGUUAGGAUAUAUGGAAGAGCUUGUCAAUUUGGAGCCAGAGGACUACCACCUCUUGAUUGGCAUCACAAAGCAGAGCGUUCUCUUGGCAGCACGAGGGGUCGGAUUUCCACAUAACUAUAGUCGUAUAGCUGCGUUUGAGGCACGUGGCGAGACAGAUUGAAUCACUCCGAUGUAUGGCGAUGACCUGACAGGUUACGAUUUUUUAGAAUCGAUCAAGACGUGGAUGAGGCAGAGCAGGAAUGAAGCAUGGUCAUUGGCAGAAGUUUUGCUUGCCAGAGGGCGCAGUGGUGUUGGAAUGGCUGCCUUAUUCAUAUCGCAUAUUCAGGCGCAGUCUCUGGAGGAAACUUUGAAUGAUGUGCCGGACGAGGUUAAUCUGUGGCUCGACUACACCACCCUUCGUCAAUGUCGGGAUGAUUUCGACCCAGACAGAAUCUGUAGCACCAUACGCUACAUAUCUAAAGUCCACCAAGGCACGUUCGCAAUAGUGGAUGAGCCCACAUUGAGCUAUUUGUCAAGAUCGUUUUGCAUAUUUGAGGUUGCUUGCACAGAACCCACCAAACUUCGCAUCCAGGUCAGCCAAGACACCACACAAAUGGUCAUGGACCGAACAAUAACAAUCGACGCCAAAAAGGCCGACGCUAGAAACAAGAAGCACAAGGGAUAUGUGGACGGCUUCAUCGUUGGAAAGUGGGGUGGCUUCGCAGCGUUCAACAAGAGUGUGUCGGAGGCGUUCGCAGCGGCCCACAUACAGCAGCUCUUCGUCGCCCGGAACAAGGCCGCCGUCGCAGGCCUCUCGAGGCUGCAGGCCCAUGACAGCGGUACAGUGCGGGAGCGGGCAGUGGGCGCGCUGAGCAUGUUGGCCGAGGAGGGGCAGAUCGGGGGGCAGCGGCGGCCGCGCUCCGGAACCUGGCCGCCGAGAGCGGGCUCCGGCGGCCCAUCUGGGAGGCCCCGGGCGCCGCGACCGGCCUCGCGCGGUUGCUGACCGACGACGGCGCCGGGGCGCGGGAGGCAGCGGCGGCCGCGCUCCGGAACCUGGCCGCCGAGAGCGGGCUCCGGCGGCCCAUCUGGGAGGCCCCGGGCGCCGCGACCGGCCUCGCGCGGCUGCUGACCGACGACGGCGCCGGGGCGCGGAGGGCAGCGGCGGCCGCGCUCCGGAACCUGGCCGCCGAGAGCGGGCUCCGGCGGCCCAUUUGGGAGGCCCCGCGCGCCGCGACCGGCCUCGCGCGGCUGCUGACCGACGACGGCGCCGGGGCGCGGGAGGCAGCGGCGGCCGCGCUCCGGAACCUGGCCAUCGAGAGCGGGCUCCGGCGGCCCAUCUGGGAGGCCCCGGGCGCCGAGACCGGCCUCGCGCGGCUGCUGACCGACGACGGCGCCGGGGCGCGGGAGGCAGCGGCGGCCGCGCUCCAGAACCUGGCC